CCGCCGCCCCCUACCCCCCGACGGAAUCGAGGGACAGCACAUGACGGUGCAAAGGUUCCCAAGCCCAUGUGCCGGUUCAAAGAGUAAGGGUGUCUCACGAGGGGCGAGACCGAAGGGGGAGAGGGGAGGGCCAGCAUGACCGCCCCCCUUUUCCCCGGGGCGUCUCAGACGGCUCUUCCUAUGAGUAUAAAAGGUUUUAUGACUUUCAUCAUAUGGUGGUCUUCCCGUCCCCAGCCCCUCCACACUCCUUUCCUCCCCCUCGGGAGCUCGGGGACGUGGGAGUCCCAAAGCUCGAAAAGGGUGAGAAGAAAGGAUGGGAGGAGGGAGGGAAGGGGGGGGGAUUUCAUAAAAGGAAAUUUUUAUCGAGCUUACCUCUCUGGUACGGACUUCAAUCAAGGGUCCUGUACGACAUUGCAGAGAUCAUCAGCCGAGGGGCGCGCGCGCGUCGGAAGUCGAGAAAUUCGCAGGGUGGAAGGGGAUGCCCUUCGUUGGGCGACGGACGCCCGGGUUGAUGUUGACGGGAAAGCAACGAGGUUUGAAAUUUUUUGCAGCAAACGCGGGUUUUGGAGAGCGGGCAAAGGAGAGGGACGUGGGGCGCGGAGGGAGCUUCAGCCAGCUGUCUGCCAACUGGCGGCGACCCACUAGAGCUCCCACCAAUCGUGCGAUGGAAGCGACACCUACCUAGGUUAUUAUCUAAGACAGACUAGACACUGCACACACACACACACACACACACACACAUCUCUCUAGAUUUCCCCCGACGGGAGGAAAAUGGCUCCAACGGCAGCGGGAACGGCGCGAACGGCAGUCCGUUGCUGACCCGAAGCUU